GGGCGGUGCUCGUUCUGAUUGGCAGAGAGAACGGAUGCUUGACACGUCACAGCUGAUCGGACGGGUGGAAGCAGCGGGACAGAGCGGAAGAUAUGGCUGCCAUACGUAAAAAGCUUGUCAUUGUGGGUGAUGGCGCCUGCGGUAAGACCUGUCUGCUCAUCGUAUUCAGCAAGGACCAGUUCCCUGAGGUCUACGUGCCCACCGUCUUUGAGAAUUAUGUGGCUGACAUCGAGGUCGACUCCAAACAGGUGGAGCUGGCUCUGUGGGAUACCGCCGGCCAGGAGGACUACGAUCGUCUCAGACCCCUGUCCUAUCCGGAUACUGAUGUCAUCCUCAUGUGUUUCUCCAUUGACAGCCCUGACAGUUUGGAGAACAUCCCUGAGAAGUGGACUCCGGAGGUGAAGCAUUUCUGCCCCAACGUGCCCAUAAUAUUGGUAGGAAACAAGAAGGAUCUGAGGAAUGACGAGCACACCCGGCGUGAGCUGGCCAAGAUGAAGCAGGAGCCGGUGAAGCCAGAAGAAGGCAGGGAUAUGGCGAAUAGGAUCAGUGCCUUUGGCUACCUGGAAUGCUCUGCUAAAACAAAGGACGGUGUGCGAGAAGUGUUUGAGAUGGCGACAAGAGCUGCCUUACAAGCCAAGAGAGGUCGCAAGAAGACCACGUGCAAUCUCCUGUAAAGUGCGGCCAAACUGCAAAAGAAAGACCACCUCCCCCCCAUCGCCCCCCUUCCUCACGCCCUCUCUCCGCUCUCUGCCCAUCCAGCCCUGGUCUGUACCUUGGGCUGACGAGGGGGCCGGUGAUGAAGCGGUGUACCACUCCUUCUAUGUCAGCCACACUUGCCUUACUGCAAAGGACCCUCCAAGAGGUCAGCGAGGGGAGGCGACGCCAACAUCUGCCGCCCCUUCCCGCACCAUGAGACGUGGUCGGUGCCAUGCUCUGCAGGUUCCACCUACGGGGACCACGUUGUCGAGCUCAGGUGCCAUACUUUUUAGGACUUUUUUUUUUUUUUUAAGGAGUUGGGGACAUCUUUUGCAAGUUCUGGGGCGACGUGCCAGUGCCAUGUUUUUCCUUGACCCCCUCCGCUGGUUUUCGGGGUCCGCGGUAGCAGAAUUUUGGGGGAUUUUUAUUCUGCUUCACAAAAAAAAAACUGAUCUUCCCUUUCUAUAUAUAUACAAAUAUAUAUAUGUUUCAGAUGUUUGUACGUGAGCGAGCCGGGCCGACUCAUCGAAAGCAGAGACGGGCAACUUGCUCUUCAGCUUUUGUGCUACUGCAAGCCCUGCUGGGAUCUGUAGUUCCACAACACCUCAAGAGCUCUGGGAAGCUCCUCACUGCCUCACAGAGGGCACCGUUCAGCCGGCCAAGCCCCUGUGCUUCCGAUGUCAGGAUUGGGUUAAGAAACAGAAAAAGGAAGUGGUUUUGCAGAAGUGCGGAGCUCGCAGCGUCUCUGUGCCAUAUCGCCUCUCCCCGAUGUUUGGGCCUAGCCAUCGCUUAUUAUUUUUUUUUUUGUUUUUGUGCGUUUUAAAGAUGUCUAAUUUUAUUCCUCUUUUAAUGUUGAUACGUUUUCAUAAAGAUUUACUGAAUCCACCCUUUCUCAGCAAGCAGAAUUUCACAAUAAAGCUGUGUAGUCAUGUUUAGUA